AUGACACACUCUAUUUUUGAGAUAUUACGCACGGGCUACGUACAACUACCAACUACUGAAGGGAACGAAGACCAUGGAGAGCUUGCUUACGAUGCGACAACUUUUGUCAAUGAGCUUCUUGAAUCCACUCUGUCAGAUCUGAAUCGAGGCGUUUUGACAUUGACAUACGGCCCGAAUCUCGACGUAGCUCUUGAACGUGCCUAUAACAUACGACUUUUGUUGCCUGAUUUGGCAAUCGGUUUUGCACAUGCAGCCAGCAUUUACAGCGCACAAGGGAGACAGCGUCAAGUUAUCGAUAUCUGUGAUCAAGGACUUCGUGUUGUUGACACCCAGGAUACGCAUUAUGCUCUGCUACAACGACUCCGACAAGAUGCUGUGCAACGUGAGAACAUACGCAUUGACCCAUUCAAGAAUCUUCCUUACGACAUUCUUUGGACAACACUCAUUCCCAUGCUGAUGAAUGAUGAUACGACUUUGGAUGCAUUGAUACCCUGCCACCCUUUGCAUGUGUCAAAAGUAUGGCGUGAUUGCCUUAUCCAACGUCUUGGCGGAUUACGUUUUCGGGCUAGAGCGCAAGAAAUCAAUAACCUUCGUGAGGGAUCUCAACUCAGCAUUUUUUCUCGGCACAUCAAGUCCUUGUGUGUUCCACUUUAUUCCCAAGGCACGUGGCUCACUAAUAUGAUACGACGUAAAGACUUUCCCAUGCUGCAAGAGUUAAUCAUUGAACGCUUUUGUACAGUAUCCAUCGAUGACUUUGUUUCGUCCUUGGAAUCAAUCAGCAGCACUUUGACUCAUUUUCGAACGGGUACCAUGGAUGUGCAGCCAAAUGCGAGCGUGUCACCGUUUACAGGAGUGCUCUUGGCCUGCCCGAAUCUUGUUUCGCUUGAGAUUUACCAACCCAUUGAUACGGAUCUCUGCGAUCUACCAAAGAUGACAUGGCCCAAGUUGACGACAUUGGCAAUUGUGAAUGGAAGGAAGGUCUUUUCCUGUGAUGAAAUUCGCGCGAUUUGUGAGCGUUUCCCAUCUCUCAAGUUACUUUCGAUUGGCUCAUGCUCUGAUCUACUAUCGAUACCCAUCAUCCACCAGUAUUACCCAUCCAUGAGAAGUCUUCAAGUUGUGGCUGAAUGUCCUCUUAUUCAUCUUCGCUACUCUGAUGAAGGACCUGAUUAUGAGGAGCCUGGGAUAACGAAUCUUGCUAUUUGGAUGGAUCAAUGGAAUCAUGAUGAACAACCUGUUCCUGAUAUUGGUGUUUUACUCAAGCAACAUCAUCAUACGGUUGAAAGUAUUGUCAUGCGGGUUCAUACUGCCGUUGAGGACCCACGGGUGUAUGACAUCAAGUACCCUCGCUUAAAGACGCUAGAACUCUACAACAUUGGAGGGUGGAUCCUCCGACAUGCACCCAUGUUACAAGAACUGCAGAUGGCACAACAAACAUUCAUCACAACCCCAGCAGUGCUUGAUACUAUACCAUCCAAGUUGAAGGAGCUAAGGCUGACUCAUGUUGAUGGAUCUCAGGUUGACAACAAAUCACCCAUCGUCAAGUACCUCCAUCGCUUUAUCCAUCAUCCUCAUUUAUGUGACCUCGUUAUCCACACCAACAACAUGAACAUGAUGGGCAGUAUUCUUGAUGUGAUUGGCCGUUUACGUCAGCUUCGAUCAUUGCUUUUCAUGUACGAUGAAUGGGAUCCCAAGGCAAUGGAAAGCUUUUUUAGCAAACUCAGUCAUGGAUGCCCUCAUUUAGCCCACCUAGGCCUCAACUCCUUCAAAGCUCCAUCGGCGGCUUGCAUGCUUGCUUUGAAACCUCUUGCAAAUCUCAAGACGAUGUCGAUUUCAAUCGCGCCCUCAGAUGGUGAUCCUACUUUUUUUGUAGCCAUGGUCUCGUUACUACAACUGCAAAGUGUUCAUGUCGAUCUUUCGAAGGGAAUCAACAAGCGUGAUCUCCACGGCCUCAGAGAUUUUAACCCAAAUGUAAAAAUUAUCCCCUGCUAA